AAACAAAGGUAGAAAUCGCCAUGACUUCCAUGGACAGAUAGCUACCUCUCGGCUUCCGAAUCUAUACCUAGGAAGCAACGUUUCACUACCGUCCCACUCCGUUUGUCAGUACUUUUCCAUCCAACCUAAAGCAAUGUCUUCUUCCUUACACAUCGACGAUCUACCUGCGGAAGCUUUCGAGCACAUCCUGGACUUCGUACCGUUGAGUGUUCGCAAGGUCGCUUCAUUGGUGUGCCGCAGGUGGUGCCUGCAAGCAUUCUCCCAUCGCUACAUGGGACGGGCGAAACUUCGAAUGAUCAACUGGAAGAGCGAUGACAUCCUCCAGCGCAGUUGGCGUCCGUAUAGGAAUUUGGAGGUAAACUUCGGUCCGCAAAGCUGCACCGAUGUGGAUUUGGAACUGUUGGUCAAGGUGCUGCGUAGAUUUGAAACUCGACUGGAGAGCUUCACGUGUUCGUCAGCUCUUUCGCCGAAACAGCUGCGGGACGCGGUUUUGCUGAUGCCGAACUUGAAGAAAAUCAAGAUGGCGGUAAUCGAUCAUGACGGAAAGGUGGCUGAACCGCUUCCAAUCUUGAACGAGUUGAUCGAGUUCAAAAUGGAAAACAACAUCAUGGAUGUGUCGACGGUCGAUGUGCUACGAAUGAUGCCCAAUGUGCGUCACUUGAGCGCCAAUCUGGGUCGAUGUAUCGAUCCGGAACGAUCGUUCCACGUCCUUCGGGUGUAUGCGCCACAGCUAAAGUCGCUGGAAAUGUUCGCAUUGGAUAAUGUGGUACCAAUUGAGAAGCUGGAUUUGAGGAUGUUGGAAUCCCUCAAGUUGACUGGGAAAAUUUGCAACUUAGACGAAAUGCUGCUGCAACAAUUCUUCGCCGGAGUCCCGCUGCUGAAAACGGGUUUUCUCAGUAUCUACAUGACGCGAUCGGUACUUGCCGUAAUCGGCCAGAACUGCCCGCAGUUGACCACGUUGAGCUUCAGAGUGUACACGUUGAACGAGAAGCUGUUCCGCUGCUUGGAAGGACUUCAACAUCUCAAGGUGCUUCAUAUCUAUGGUCAUCUGGUGCAGUACAUGCUGAAAGAUUGCAAGCCCCUGCAUAGCGUACGCACGUUCAGCUUGGACAUGUACGAACGGCCUUUUGAUUACGAGCAAUGCAUGACCCAGCUGAAUCGAGUGUUACCUAACCUGAUACAUCUGAAAGUAGCCAGCUGGCAGUUGGACAACGCACUGGUACGGCAAAUUUGUACAACUUUCACGAAGCUUAGGCGACUAAAGGUGGCUGAUAUUAUGAAACUGUCGGCUGCGGGUUUCGAUCGGUUGGCGGACAUCGUCAAUCUAGAGGAGCUUACGUUGAGCGGCAUGCGACUGCCGAUCGAUUCGUUGCCGACGAGCAACUUAAAACGACUGAAGCUGGAGAAUUUCCGGUGGUUGGAUCGGGAGAGUCUGCUACAGGUUGGGAUGCUCUUUCCCUGUUUGCAGUACCUGGAGCUAUUCUGGUGUGAGCUCAUCACGUGGGAAGACGUUGCGGUGGCCAGGCAUGCGCUGCCCAACUGUAUUAUUCACUAUGUAGAAUAAUUGCUUCUGAAUUUCGGGAUUUCGGAUUGCUUGAAAAUCAAACUAAAAUCGAUUUCUCUUGCAUCGUGUGACAAACGGGUGAAUCCAAAUAGAUAUAUGUAUUAGUUCCAUUAAUUAAUCCAAUUCAUAAUGCUGAAAUUCACUACUGAAACGAUUACAGGGUUAUGUGAUUUGGCUUGACACAGUACACAAUACGAUACGAAUUGUUAUAAUGACUUGUACGCAUUACAUUAGAAAUACAUGAUAAAUAUGAUGUUUUUUUUUAAUGGCUUACCGUACUGCCUCUUCUCAGCAAGUACGCGCAAAAUUACGUCAACAAUUGAUAAAUUCUCGAAACUAAUAAAUAAA